AUGGUUACUUACUUUUUUCAUAUUGGCAAUAUAAAUCAUUAUACUGACGAACACAAAUCCAUUUGCAUCCUUCCUUCUCUCUCUCCCUCUCGCGGAAUUUUUGCUACGAAUCUUAAUCGCUUUCUAAUUAUUGGUUUCUUUCAAUUUUCUCGUUUUUUUGUCGGCAACAUUCAAUCGCACCCGCCAUUGGAGAGUUUCGUCAUCUACAACGAAUUUCUGAUUUUGUUGAGAAUCUGA